AUGGCGCCCGAAAAGGGACGGUGGGCAUCGUAUGCCUUGCCUGGUUACCCCCACUCCUUGCAGGGUAAUCACCAGUGCGGCCAGUCUUUGGCGAGACGGCACAGAUCCCCUACACUAUCCAGACGGCACAGGACUUUACCACGAGACUCAACAAACUCCCCAACACCACCACCAUCACAUACACCAACACCACCACCUAGACCAACACCUCCACCACAAGAACCGUCUACACUAGAACAACCACCACCUCCACCUCACCAUCUAUUACGUCCAACACCACAACAAUCCUCUACACUUCCACAACAAUUAAUUAUACCACAAGCACCACAACUACAGCUACCCCAACCACAACUCCCGAGACUGCUCCAAAACACAACAUAUCCUCCACGACAGUACUUUACACAUCCUACCACCCUCCAGUAUCAACGUUUCAUCCAUCAGCCUCCUCCCCCACUCAACCCCAUUCGAAAUCAUGUCCCAGUUUGUCGUGUCCCCCAUCCACAACCAUCAAGGCCUUCUUUCAUCCACGCCCCACAUCAAAUCGCUUUAAAUCCUUAUCUCCUUCCUUCCCAUCCCCCACAACAUCAAUACACCCCUCGAACCUCAAAUCCCCGCCAGGAACCUCCCUCUCAACUACGUGAGGAGCCUGCCCCACCAGGCGAUGAUCUUCGCUGGACCAAGGGGCCCCUGAGAAUUCUACACUCCACACUCCAGGCCGCCGACCACGCGGCGGAGAAGAAAGGAUCGGUCGACGGCAGCAACUCUGAUCAUAGAAAACCUAUCCUAAACCUGCCUGAAAAGCGAACGAGAAACCUGAUCCUGAAACAAACUCUGAUUUACCUAGAUUUAUAA